AUGUUAGUAUCACCAGCUAUGGUGCUGUGUUGCUUGUCACUAACAGAUUCCAAACACAGGGCGAGACUCGUGGACGACCCCCAGAUCAAAUAUGCCUCACUGCACAAUCCCAUACCUACCCAGCUUCACGCCUACGUUUGGCCGUUUCUGAUUAUUUGGCCCACCUUCUUUGCCUUCUACCUCUCGCCCGAACGCUACGAUACGUAUAUCCAAGGACAGGAAUGGACUUUUGUGUGGUCUGGAUCGAUCAUUACGCUUCAGUCGCUUCUCUGGUUAAUGACAAAAUGGAGCAUCGACAUCCGAACGCUGUUCACUGCCACCAAGGCCCGAUCUCCUGAUUCGGCCCAGCUUAUCAAGGUCAUCCCGGAAGCCAACUCCGGCUCCGCUGAGAUCUGUCGCUUGCUCCGGGAUACGCUUGGAGGAGUUACCACGACCUCGUUCUUGUUCCAAAAACGUCGCUUCAUCUACUAUCCCGAACUUAAAUGCUUCGCACCGCUAUCUUAUGUUCUGGAUGCGGAGCCCAAGCCCGCUCUGAAGGCAUUCCAGGAGACUGAGGGAUUGACCUCUAAGGCUGAAGUUGAGCGCAUCCAGCAUCACUAUGGUGACAACACCUUCGAUAUUCCCGUACCCGGAUUUAUCGAAUUGUGGCAAGAGCAUGCAGUCGCGCCCUUCUUCGUCUUCCAGAUCUUCUGUGUCGGAUUGUGGAUGUUGGAUGAAUACUGGUACUACUCGCUCUUCACCCUCUUCAUGCUCGUCAUGUUCGAGAGUACGGUUGUCUGGCAGCGACAGAGAACCUUGAAUGAGUUCCGUGGUAUGAACAUCAAGCCCUACGACGUGUGGGUUUACCGUGAGCGCAAAUGGCAGGAAAUUACUAGCGACAAAUUACUUCCCGGCGAUCUGAUGUCCGUGAACCGUACCAAGGAAGAUGGCGGCGUUGCGUGUGAUAUCCUUCUCAUUGAGGGCAGUGUCAUUGUCAACGAGGCCAUGCUCUCCGGAGAGAGCACACCACUUCUCAAAGAAUCGGUUCAGCUUCGGCCUGGAGAUGACUUGAUUGAGCCCGACGGAUUGGACAAGAACGCGUUCGUGCAUGGCGGAACCAAGGUUUUGCAGAUCACUCAUCCCAACACUACCAACGGCGAUGAGUCGCAGCAAAAAAACUCCAAGGUUGGUGCUCCUCCCGAUAACGGAGCUGUCGGUGUUGUCGUGAAGACCGGCUUCGAGACCAGCCAGGGUAGCCUUGUUCGUACUAUGAUUUACUCCACGGAACGUGUCUCUGCCAACAACGCGGAGGCUCUGCUUUUCAUCCUUUUCCUUCUGAUCUUCGCCCUUGCUGCCUCUUGGUAUGUCUGGCAAGAGGGUGUUUCCAAGGACCGCAAGCGAUCGAAGCUUCUGCUGGACUGUGUCCUUAUCAUCACCAGUGUCGUCCCUCCGGAACUUCCCAUGGAGCUCAGUCUCGCCGUUAACACCAGUUUGGCGGCUCUGAGCAAGUUCGCCAUCUUCUGCACUGAACCUUUCCGUAUUCCCUUCGCCGGACGCGUUGAUAUCGCCUGUUUUGACAAGACUGGUACCUUGACUGGCGAAGACCUAGUUGUGGAUGGUGUUGCGGGUCUCACUCUUGGACAAGCCGGUGCAAAGGUCGAAAAGGACGGAGCACACACCGAACUUAGCAAGGGCAACAGCAUUCCAGUCGAUACCACACUUGUCCUCGCCAGUGCCCAUGCUCUGGUCAAGUUGGAUGAAGGUGAUGUUGUCGGUGAUCCGAUGGAAAAGGCUACCCUUCAAUGGCUUGGUUGGACCCUUGGCAAAAACGACAUUCUUACUAGCAAGAGUGGAUCCGCGGCGGGGGCUGCUCGCUCUGCUGAAUCGGUUCAGGUCAAGAGGCGUUUCCAGUUCUCGUCCGCGUUGAAGCGACAGAGCACAAUCGCGACAGUCAUCACUAACGACCGCAAGACAUCGAAGAAGGUAAAGUCUACUUUCGUCGGUGUCAAGGGUGCACCAGAGACAAUCGGGACUAUGCUUGUCAACAUGCCGCCGAAUUACGAGGAGACUUUCAAGUACUUCACUCGUAACGGUGCCCGUGUGCUCGCUCUUGCCUACAAAUACCUUUCUCCUGAGGCCGAACUCUCCCAGGGACGGAUCAACAACUACACUAGGGAAGAGAUUGAGUCUGGGCUUAUAUUUGCUGGUUUCCUGGUUCUGCAAUGCCCGUUGAAGGAUGACGCCAUCAAGGCCGUGCGCAUGCUUAAUGAGAGCAGCCACCGUGUUGUCAUGAUUACUGGAGACAACCCUCUUACUGCCGUUCACGUUGCCCGUCAGGUUGAGAUUGUCGACCGCGACGUUCUUGUUCUUGAUGCUCCCGAGCAUGACACUUCCGGUACUAGAGUGGUGUGGCGAAGCAUUGAUGACAAAGUCCACAUCGACGUCGACCCUACCCAGCCCUUGGAUAAGGAGAUCUUGAAAACUAAGGAUAUUUGCAUUACUGGUUACGCUCUUGCAAAAUUCAAGGAUCAAAAGGCGCUGCCUGAUCUUCUCCGUCAUACUUGGGUUUACGCUCGUGUCUCUCCGAAGCAGAAGGAGGAUAUCCUCCUUGGUCUCAAGGAUGCUGGAUACACCACUUUAAUGUGCGGUGAUGGUACCAACGAUGUCGGCGCACUCAAGCAAGCCCACGUUGGUGUUGCGCUCCUCAACGGUUCCCCUGACGACUUGACCAGAAUCGCUGAGCAUUAUCGGACGACCAAGAUGAAGGAGAUCUAUGAAAAGCAGGUCAAUAUGAUGCAACGAUUCAACCAACCCUCUCCGCCUGUGCCCGCACAGAUUGCCCAUCUCUACCCACCCGGGCCCGGCAACCCUCACUAUCAGAAAGCCAUGGAGAGAGAGGCAGCGAAGCGAGGUGCCAAGGAAGCUGCGAAACAGCCGGAAGCUAUCCCCACGAUCACAUCUCCCGGUGCGCAAGCGCUGCAGCAAUCUAACUUGACCCCUCAACAACAACGCCAGCAGCAAGCCUCGCAGGCAGCUGCCGGAUUCGCGGACAAACUUACCUCGACGAUGAUGGAACAGGAGCUCGAUGACAGUGAGCCUCCUACUAUCAAACUGGGUGACGCGUCUGUUGCUGCUCCGUUCACCAGUAAAUUGGCGAAUGUUAUUGCGAUCCCCAAUAUCCUCCGCCAAGGCCGCUGCACCCUCGUCGCCACAAUUCAGAUGUACAAGAUCCUGGCUCUGAACUGUCUGAUCAGUGCCUACAGUCUGAGUGUCAUCUACCUUGACGGAAUUAAAUUUGGUGACGGCCAAGUUACUAUCAGCGGUAUGCUGAUGAGUGUCUGCUUCCUUUCGAUCUCUCGUGCCAAAUCUGUCGAGGGCCUUUCCAAGGAGCGCCCGCAGCCGAACAUUUUCAAUGUCUACAUCAUUGGUUCUGUUCUUGGACAAUUUGCCAUCCAUAUUGCAACUCUGAUUUACCUGUCCAACUACGUGUAUCGCAUCGAACCACGUGACAGCGAUGUCGAUCUGGAGGGCGAGUUCGAACCAUCGCUCCUCAAUAGCGCCAUCUACCUUCUCCAACUCAUUCAGCAGAUUUCUACGUUCUCGAUCAACUACCAGGGUCGUCCGUUCAGAGAGUCCAUCCGCGAGAACAAGGCCAUGUACUGGGGAUUGGUUGCCGCAUCCGGUGUCGCAUUCUCAUGCGCGACCGAGUUCAUUCCUGAGCUGAACGAGAAACUCCGCCUUGUCCCCUUCAGCAACGAGUUCAAGAUCACGUUGACCGUCUUGAUGGCUCUUGACUACGCCGGUUGCUGGGUGAUUGAGAACGUGCUCAAGACGCUCUUCAGUGACUUCCGCCCGAAGGAUAUCGCUGUGCGCCGCCCGGACCAGCUCCAGCGGGAAGCCGAGCGCAAGAACAAGGAGGCUCUUGAGAAGGCAUCGGCGAAUGGGCAGCCAAGAACUGCCUAA